AUGAAGACUCCGCGGCCCCAGGAAUCAUCGUUCUUUCUUGUCUACAAGAGACCGCGUCCUACGGUAUCCCGGUUGCUGUACACAUUGACAUCGUUGAACGUCCAAAACGGAGAGCAUCAUUGCCACCAAGUCAACCCGCGCGCCUUACCACAUCCCGCCCGCUACCUGGGGCCCUCCCUCGAUAUCAAAGACGACAUCCCCCUAGCCCACAUCGAGUCGCCGCGCCUGUUCAACACAUCAACCUACAUCUCUGGCGGCGUCUUCUUUUCGACACCCCUAGAGGUCCUCGUCGCACCGGCGCUUGACAACGGCACCACGUACCGCCACCACCGCACCUGGAAAGUCUGCGCGUUCAGCACCGCGCCGCCAAUCACCUGGACACCCGACACGCAGCGCCAGAUGAACGACGCCGGCGACUGCCAGGCCUUCUGGUCCGACGCCUAG